AUCGACCCUUGUUUGGUUAAUGGAAAUCCAUGCAAUAAUGGUGCGACAUGUGUAGCUUUACAACAAGGUCGUUUUAUGUGUGAGUGUUUACCAGGAUGGGAGGGACAGUUGUGUGAAAAGAAUAUUGAUGAUUGCGAAGAAAAACCUUGCUUACUUGGAGCAAACUGUACAGAUAUGGUAGCAGAUUUUAGUUGUACUUGCCCUACAGGUUUUACAGGAAAGAGAUGUCAAGAAAAAAUUGCUUUAUGUGCGCGAAAUCCCUGUAAAAAUGGCAUAUGCGUUGAUAGACUAUUUGAGCAUCAAUGUAUUUGUAAUCCAGGAUGGACUGGCAAUUCAUGUGAAUCUAACAUAAAUGAAUGUUUAACAGAUCCUUGUGAAAAUGGCGGACAUUGUCUAGACGAAGUAAAUGGUUAUACAUGCAGUUGUGAACCAGGAUUUACAGGAAAAAAAUGCCAGCACACAAUUGAUUUCUGUUUUUCAAAGCCUUGUCAAAAUGGUGCAACGUGUACUGAUCUUAUAGACAGAUUUUCUUGCAAAUGUAGACCAGGUUUUAUUGGUUUGCAAUGUGAAGCAGAAGUUGAUGAAUGUUUGAGCGAUCCUUGCAACUCUUUGGGCACAGAAAAAUGUGUGGACUUAGAUAAUAAAUUUUCAUGUAUUUGUAGGGAAGGAUACACUGGACUUCUGUGUGAAACUAAUAUUAAUGACUGUAAUUCUGAACCUUGUUUAAAUGGAGGCUCUUGCCGUGAUGAAGUGGGUUCUUAUUAUUGUCUUUGUCAACCAGGUUGGACAGGAAUAAAUUGUGAAACUGAUAUUGGAAGCUGCCAAACAAAACCAUGUCAAAAUAAUGCUGAGUGUAUAAACUUAUUCCAAGACUUUUUCUGUGUUUGCCCUUCAGGAACUGAUGGAAAACAAUGCGAGACCGCACCAGAGAGGUGCAUUGGAAAUCCUUGUAUGCAUGGAGGAAAGUGCCAAGACUUUGGAUCUGGUCUUAACUGUACUUGUGGUGAUGGUUUCAGUGGAAUUGGCUGUCAGUAUGAAUAUGAUGCAUGCACAGCAAAUGCUUGUAAAAAUGGAGCUACUUGCAGUAAUGAUAUAUAUGGAUUUAAAUGUAUUUGCCCACCUGGUUUUACAGGCAAAUAUUGUGAAGAGGAUAUAGUUGAUUGCAAAGAAAAUUCUUGCCCACCAAGUGCGACAUGUGUAGAUUUAACUGGAAAAUUUUAUUGUCAAUGCCCGUUUAAUUUAACUGGUGAAGACUGUAGGAAAACUAUAUCUGUUGACUAUGACUUAUAUUUUACUGAUGCAACACGAAGUUCUUCGUCUCAAAUUAUACCAUUUUAUACAGGAUCUAAAUCAAGUCUUACAAUUGCUAUGUGGGUACAAUUCACUCAAAAAGAUGAAAAUGGUAUAUUUUUUACAUUAUAUAGUGUUUCUUCAAAAUAUGUUGCAAAUAAUAGAAGACCAAUUAUUCAGGCCCAUUCGAGUGGAGUACAAGUAUCUAUAUUCCAGGAUAUACAAGAUGUUUAUUUAAGUUACCGGGACUAUACAACAAUAAAUGAUGCUCAGUGGCAUCAUAUCGCCAUUGUUUGGGAUGGAGAAAAUGGUGGAGAACUUAAACUCAUUACAGAAGGCCUGAUAGCUAGUAAAGUAGAUGGAUAUGCUAGUGGCCGUAAAUUACCUAACUAG